CCUACGUCAAUCUACAACGCUGUCGGCUCCUAAUAUUCCCUCUUGUCUAUUCCUUGUGAGCCCAUCACAUCCUCUCCUUUGCUAUCGGGGGAUAUCCUUCAAGGCACUCAAACAAUCAUGUCGUCGACAACAAAAGCUGCGCGGAUAGGGGAAGAGCUCUGGAAAACGAGAGUCGAUAAGGUCAAUGCGGAGUUGGUCACAUUGACCUACGGAACUAUCGUCGCACAAUUAUGCCAGGACUUCGAUAGCGACUAUCAUGAAGUCAAUAGGCAGCUUGACAAGAUGGGCUACAAUAUCGGAAUGCGGCUCAUCGAAGACUUCCUGGCAAAGUCGACACUCGGCCGCUGCGCCAAUUUUCGGGAGACAGCAGACAUGAUCGCGAAGGUUGGCUUCAAGAUCUUCCUUAAUAUUACCCCCACGGUAACGAAUUGGACGAGCGACAACAAUCAAUUCUCCCUCAUCUUCGAUGAGAAUCCGUUGGCCGAUUUUGUUGAACUGCCCGAUGAUGGCAGGGCUCAGGAUGAGCUCUGGUUCUCGAAUAUCCUGUGCGGGGUGUUGCGGGGAGCACUGGAGAUGGUGCAAAUGCAAAUUGAAGCCCAUUUUGUGAGUGACGUUUUGCGAGGAGACGAUACAACGGAGAUGCGAGUUUCACUCAUCAGAUUUAUCGAGGAUGAGAUGCCACCAGAUGAUGAAUAAUGGCGUAUGGUGGAUGGGCUCUCAUUUUUUUUUUCAGUCUUUUCUUUUUGUCUUUUUGAGGAAGGGGACAAUUUAGGCGUUCGGUGUUUAUAAGGCAAUCCUUUUUAAGUCCCUCUCGUAACCUGAUCUUUUGACCUUGCAGUGUGUUUGUAGCAGUUAGAAUCUGCUGCUUUUCCAAUGACGAACCGUCAAUAGCAAUCUCUCAUUGUGGAGACUUCCAGUACAGAAGAAAUGCUCUUUUGUCCAGUUGGCUAUCUCUUGAUUGCAUUUCUCAUCUUGACCAUGUUCAUUGUUGCCGGAGAUGCCAACUUGUUUCUUUUCCUUUUCCAGUUGCAAAUCCCACCUUCCUUCCAUCUCCCAACCCAAACAUCAAUCCAUGUUCAUGCUCACAUUAUCUUCAAGAAUCUUUCACAUCUCAUUCUAAACUUGUUUGGAACAAGGACAAUAUCACAAUGUACAAUUAGUCCUAUUUUUCCAACGUGCCAGUCUUUGGACAGCCGUCCUUGUCAGCGA